AUAAAUCAACUGGAUCUCUCAACAUUACUGCUUAUGAGAAUUAUAGUCCAGUGUAUCUAUCCGUUACAUUCGCCCUUUCUUAUCUUUACUCUUUUAUCGCUCUUACUGCGUUAGUAAGUCACGUGGCCUUGUUUUAUGGUAAAGAAAUUUGGGAACGAUUCAAUGCUAGUCGUGGAGAAGAGCAAGAGGAUAUUCAUUGCAAGUUGAUGAAUAAUUAUCCAGAAAUACCAAAUACUUGGUACGCAUUAAUUUUCAUUAUUACGUUAACAAUUGCAAUGAUUCUCUGCUAUACAACCGAUGCAAAUUUACCUUGGUGGGGAUUAUUAAUGGCGAUUUCUUUAGCCAUAGGCAUGGUACUUCCCAUAGGCGUUAUUCAAGCUAUCUCAAAUAAUCAGAUUGGUUUAAAUGUGCUAACCGAAAUGGUGUGUGGUUAUGUUUUACCUGGUCGACCGAUUGCCAAUGUAUAUUUUAAAUGUUAUGGAUAUAUGGCAAUGUAUCAAUGUUUGCUACUUGUUUCGGAUUUGAAGUUGGGUCAUUAUAUGAAAAUCCCUCCAAAGAGUAUGUUCACAGCCCAAUUAUGGGGUACAAUUCUUGGUGGAUUGGUAAAUUAUUGGGUACUGGAUCUCAUAAUUGAAACAAAAAGGCCUUUUCUUGAUGGCACAUUGACUGAUCCAACUGGUCAAUGGACAGGAUAUGCAUCCCAAAUAUUCAACACUGCAUCUAUAGUAUGGGGAUUGAUUGGACCUGCAAGGACUUUUGGACACGAUUCAAUGUACAACAUACUCCUUUGGGGUUUUCUUAUUGGUGUUUUUGUGCCAAUACCAUUUUAUCUACUUCAUCGAAAAUUCCCAAAGGCUAGAUUUGAUCUAGUGAAUAUACCAUUAAUAUGCAGUGGAUUAAGUGUACUUCCCGGGACUUAUACAAAUUUUAUAAUAACUGGAUUUAUGGCUAGUUUUUUAAGUCAGUAUUACGCGUAUCGGUACAAGACUCG